AUGCAGCUCCACGCAACGAUUCCUGCUCCGAACGGCGCGCAUGCCUGCCUGGCCCUCUACGAUGUGUGUCCACAUACCACUUACUCAACCGCCUCACGAUACCGACACCCGUACCUGCACUGCGAUCUACCCUCUCCACGCUCCACCUCAAACCCACACUCCAUCGAGUACAUCAACAAAGACGGCACCCGGAUCGUCGAAACAACACACUCCACACUCUCACCCGAUCCAGGCGCACAUCGCAUCCACGCCAUCCACCACAUCGACAGAAAGGCAAGAAAGGCCUACGACUCGACAUACGACGCUAUCUCAACCAUCCAGCACCCCAAAGAAAAAGCCAUGGCAGCCUCUCUCGCCAAACUAGUCCUAUCAAAACACUCACCCAUGAUGCACCACGUCCGCUCUCCCGCCUCGGAACCGCCACCACUGCGCUCGAUCCUCAAGUCCACGAGACCUCUUGAAACAAUGCCGACGAUCUACCUCCUUUCCUUCUCCACCGACCGGGCACCGACGACGAAACACUUCGCGAGACUCCUUAACGACCACUUGCCGUCUGGAGUCCCGUUGCGGUACACCAUCGACGCGAGACGCUUCCUCGUCCCGUCGCGACAGAUACAGGAUAACUACUCCGGGGUGGCGGAGAUUACUCAAGACGCUGUGCUACGGGACCGAGGGGCGAGGAGGGAGAUUGAGCACGCUGUGCACGAACUGAUGGGGUUCGUACAAGACUCGUCCUGCAUCGGGGGCGGAAGGGAGACGGCCAUUGCUGUGUGUUGCACGGCGGGGACGCAUCGCAGUGUUGCUAUUGCGGAGUGUGUUGCGAGGGGUGUGAGGCAAAGGGUCAGGAGGGCGGGGGAGGGGGUGCAGUGCAAGGUUGUGGUUAGGCAUGUGCAUCGUAUCAAGGGGAUAAAGGAUCCGUUCUAG